CUGAAAAAGACAAAAAAAAAGAGUUUAAUUAAUGAAGUAAGAACAUUUUCAAAUGGAUACUUCUCUUUUAAUAAUAUAGAUUAAAAUAAAAAAAUAAUAAAUGUAAGAAAGAAAAAGAGAAACCUCAUUUGAGAAUUUCUAAAAUACUGAUGAGAUAAUCUUAAAGUUAUUAAGAAUGAAGAUAUUUUUAGGGUAAAUUUCAUAAAUAUCAGCCCAGGAGAAUUUGUGACAAAACCUUUUAUUUACAUUCUUAGUGAUAUCUGAAAGUAUUUUUUACGUCUUUGUAGACACGCAAGAGUUACAUGCACACAUCAUGAAUUCAUUUUAAACCACACCCUUUUGACAUGUGAAGUAAUUUGUUUUUUUUAUUUCCUUAUUACCUUCUUAUGUUGGAAACAACAUGACAAUAUGGCAUGACAAAUAUGGAAUAUCCAAAGUCAGUGGCAUGAAGAUCUCUUCUGAUACUCUAGAGCUUACUCAAAAUUGGAAGCGUUACCUCAGUUCUCUAACCUGUCUUGGGACAAUCGGAAGUGUUUCUAAGUUGCUGCCCUACACACUGGUCGUGGAAUUUGAGUUCAAAAUAGAGGCAUGGCCAAUAAAACUCUCUUAUGUGCCACCAUGUUUUGUAUCAGCCCUCAUGUAUGUUCAGCUUUCGACACCAGUCACAACGAGAACAUCAAGCCAGAUGACAUUAGCAGUUUCUGAGGAAUUGCCGUGUUCUGAAGAACUUACUCGAAGCGAGAGAUUCCUUGACAUCGUCAAGAAAAUAAAAAAGGUUCAAAGAAAGUCUAGAAGGUGCAACAUUGUCAUUGGUUGAGCCACAUUCGUAGACAAGAUGAAGAAUGAAUCCAACCUAUACUUAAGCAGUAUUAUAUCUUUUAUAGCUUUUUUUUAUGUGUGUGGGCAUGGCUUCAGGUUUCCUAGGUUCGACCUAGAUGUUAUCAGUUCAUUCAAUUUGCCUUCUUUAGGAGUUUGCUCUCUAUCAGACUCAAUAAUUAGCCUUCUAUUAAAACUGACACUUGCACAGCAGGUCGUUGUAGCUUGUAACCCUCCAGGCGAAUCAGAGACUUUCCAUCUAAUAGACGGAAGUGAGAAGGAAACUAAAAGAUUUACACGCUAGUGUCAAAUUGUCCCACAUCGAGUGUGUAGGGAGCCGUAUGAUAACUAGUGUGCGUAUAAAAGAAGAACAAGUGCGGGACUUAUAAAAUAUGAUCCUUCAGGUUUAAAGGGGAAGUGAGGAUUGGGUUUAAUCUCGCAUAUUUUAUUGCGUGAAGAGCGUUCCGCUCAAACCUUUUUACGACAAUUGGACGCUCCAAUUUUCUUAUCAUCUGAUCCCUC